AUGGGUCAGGCAACGCCCUUCCAGACAGAAGCAUGGACAGAAUACUUGAUAGGCACCGUCAUCAUCCUCCUUCGCAUUUUCGCGCGCUUCAGAGUGGUGGGAAUCAAAAACUGGCAAGGAGAUGACUAUUUCGCUUUUGUAGUUCUUGCCUUUUGGACAGCAGAGUUAACCAUGUUGGAAUUGAUCGGCCAAUAUGGCACCAACAUCGGUCUCAGUGAUACUCAGAGGGCCUCACUCACCCCGGAGCAAAUUGAACUACUCGCCCGUGGCUCGAAAUGCCUUCUUGCGGGAUGGACCUGCUAUGUGACCCUGAUUUGGUCGCUGAAAGCGUGCAUGUUGUACUUCUACAAUCGCUUAACACUGGGCCUCGUCCAACAAAAGCUCGUCAAAUUCAACGCCGUGCUUUGCGCAUGCACAUACACAGCAGUCAUUUUCACUAUAUUUUUGCACUGUCGCCCACUGGAGAAGAACUGGCAGGUUUAUCCUGAUCCCGGUCUUAACUGCUCUGCCGGCUAUGUGAAUUAUAUCGUGAUCGCGGUGGCAAACGUCUCAAAGUUGAUCAUCGGGGUCCUCCUCUGCAGCGGUGUCUUCGUCAUGAUCGCGACGCUUCUCCGCUGUAUUAUCUCUUUGCAGAGCAUCGAUAGUAUUAACACCAGUACCAUCUGGGCUAUCCGUGAAACGUUUGUCGCCAUCAUCGCCGUCAACGCCCCCUGCAUCAAACCCCUCUUCAGCAGCUCGGUCUGGCUCGGGUCCUCGAAGGAUCCCUCCUCUCGAAACGCAAAGCAGAGCUACAGUUUGUCGGUCUUUGGGAAGUCCAAACCCAGUCAGUUGGGGUCUACUGGGGGUACGAAGCUAAGGGAGCGAUCAAGCGACGAGUUCAUUCUCUGCGACGCCGGACAUAAUACAUUCGUCAAUGAUGUACAUGCUGGGAUGUCUGCGAGUCUGUCGGAUGAGGAGGUUGGGAGGCAACCGAAAGGGGGCAUUCAGAUUACGACGAUGUAUGAGAUUCGAAGGGAUGGGUCACGACAUGGGUGA